GAUGAGAGAGCGCCCGGGGAGGCUGCACACCGCUGCCGCCGCCAGGAGCAUCUGCUGCGGGAGCUGCAGCCCGCCGCCCGGGCCCCGGCCAUGGAGACGCUGAACGGCACCGCGGGCGGCGGCGCCCCGGACGCGAAGCCACCGCCGCCCGGCCAGCACCACCGCCACCACCACCUGCACCCUCUGGCCGAGAGGAGGCGGCUGCAUCGCGCACCCUCGCCUGCUAGACCAUUCCUCAAGGACCUGCUCGCGCGGCCCGCGGCGCCUGGCCCGGCCCCGGCCACCCCUGCUCCGGGCCGGGCUCCGGCCCCCGGCACCCCGCGCUCGCCCAACCUCGCGGCCAAGGCUCCGCCCUCGCCCGGGCCCCUCCUGGCCGCUCCCGGAGGCCGCCUCUCCCGGCGCGGCGGCGGCUGCGGCUCCCCCGGUGUGAAGGACAAGCCGCCGGCCGGCGCCGGGACCAGGGCGGCGGGCGGCGCCAGGGCCGCUCCGGGCCCCAGGAAGGCGGCACGCGCCGAGCUGCUGGCCCGGGCCGGGAAGCCGCCGCCGCCGCCCGGAGCCGAGCCGCCGCCUGCUGCCGCCAAAGGCCGCCAAGCCAAGCGCGGCCCCGGGGCGCCCCCCGCCCGCGUCGCCGUUUCCCCGGGUCCCGUCGUACCCCCCGCGGGCCGUGCCACCGGCUCCCCGGCCCCCGGCUCGCGCCUCAGCCACACGGACAGCAGCUCCGACCUCUCCGACUGCCCCUCGGAAGCCCUGUCGGAUGAGCAGCGCCUACUCCCCGCCGCCAGCAGCGACGCCGACUCAGGCACCGGCUCCAGUGACCGCGAACCCGCGCGAGGAGCCCCCGCGCCGACUUCCGCAGCUCGGGAAGCGCCGUCUGGGAGCCCCGAGCCCCCCGCGCUCCUCGCCGCGCCCCCUGCAGCCAGCGCCGGCUCCGGGGGCCCCACCAGUCCGGGCGGGGUUCCCGCCGGGUCGCUGGUGCCCGGCGCGGCGGACGAUGGCGGGGGUCGCGCAGCGCCAGAGCGAGCGAACCCCGGGAGGGGACCCGGAGGCGGCGGGACCCCCAAGGAGCCCCGCCCAGGAGGAGAGAUGCCCGGGCAGUUGCGGGCAGCGGACGAGGAGGAGCUGCUGCGAGAGAUGGAGGAGCUGCGCUCGGAGAACGACUAUCUCAAGGAUGAGUUGGAUGAGCUCCGUGCUGAAAUGGAGGAGAUGAGGGACAGUUAUUUAGAGGAAGAUGUUUACCAGCUGCAGGAACUUCGGCGAGAACUGGACCGUGCUAAUAAAAAUUGCCGAAUUCUGCAGUACCGUCUCAGGAAAGCAGAACAGAAAAGCCUGAAGGUGGCGCAGACUGGCCAGGUGGAUGGCGAGCUUAUUCGAAGUCUGGAGCAGGACUUAAAGGUAGCCAAAGAUGUAUCUGUCAGAUUGCACCAUGAACUUGAAGCUGUGGAGGAAAAGCGUGUUAAAGUGGAAGAUGAAAACGAAGCUCUCCGACAGCAGGUGAUUGAAGUGGAGAUAUCCAAGCAGGCCCUCCAAAAUGAGCUCGAGAGACUGAAAGAGAGUUCCCUGAAGAGAAGAGGCAGCCGGGAAAUGUACAAAGAAAAGAAAACAUUUAAUCAGCAGAAUGGUGGAGUGGAGCGCCUUGGGAACUGCAGGUCUGCAGCCAAACCCCAAAGGAAACUGGCACCCCGGCGCAAGGAUGACAGUGCUGACUUGAAGUGCCAGCUCCAGUUUGCCAAAGAGGAAGCCUCCCUGAUGCGCAAGAAGAUGGCCAAGCUGGGGCGGGAGAAAGAUGUGCUGGAACAGGAGCUCCAGAAGUACAAGGCCCUCUACGGAGAUGUGGACAGCCCCCUCCCCACGGGGGAAGCUGGUGGGCCCCCCAGCACGAGGGAGGCUGAGCUGAAGCUGCGGCUCAAGUUGGUGGAGGAGGAAGCCAACAUCCUGGGCCGCAAGAUCGUGGAGCUGGAGGUGGAGAACCGGGGCCUCAAGGCGGAGAUGGAGGACGUAAGGGGCCAGUACGAGAGGGAGUGCGGGGGACGGGACCGCAUCCCCAGCAUCCCUACCUCACCCUUCGGAGACUCCACGGAGUCGGCCACGGAGCUCCGGCGGCACCUCCAGUUCGUGGAAGAGGAGGCGGAGCUGCUCAGGAGGUCCAUCUCCGAGAUCGAGGACCACAACCGGCAGCUGACGCACGAGCUGAGCAAGUUCAAGUUCGAGCCUCGGCAGGAGCCCGGGUGGCUGGACAGCGGCGCGUGCCGGGGCGGAGCGAGCGGCGGGCCCCUGCACGAGGAGCUCAAGUCCGCCCGGCUGCAGAUCAACGAGCUGAGCGGGAAGGUGAUGAAGUUGCAGUAUGAGAACCGGGUGCUUCUGUCCAACGCCCAGCGCCACGACCUGGCUGCCCACCCAGGGCUGCGUGCCCCCAGCCCCCGGGACAGCGACGCCGAGAGUGAGACGGGCAAGAAGGAGAGCGACGAUGGGGAGGAGGGCCGGCCGCCCCAGCCCAGGCGGGAGGGCCCUGUGGGCGGCGAGAGUGACUCGGAGGACACCUUCGAGAAGACGUCGGGCUUCGGGAGCGGAAAGCCGUCGGAGGCCAGCGAGCCGUGCCCCGGCGAGCUCACGAGGGCCCGGGAGGACUCGGAGUGCCUGGGGGGCAUCCGACUGGAAGCAGAGAGGCUGGAGAGGACGGUGGAGCGCCUCAUCGAUGACACGGACAGCUUGAUCUUCGAGGCGCAGCUGUGCGUCGCCGGCGAGGCCGCACCAGAGCCAGGGGUCCCGGGUGAAGGGCAGAGGGGCAAGGGGGGCAGGAAGGAGCCGAAACUGCUGGGCUCCAUCAGCUCCAAGAUGAAGGCCUUUAGGAAAGAGCUGCAGGCCUUUCUGGAGCAGCUGAACCGGGCCGGGGCCAGUCUGAAGCAGCACCUGGAGGACUUGUCUCCUUUGCCCCACCUCACGGAAUCCUCCAGCUUCCUCUCCACCGUGACCUCCCUGUCCCGGGACUCCCCCAUCGGGAACCUGGGGAAGGAGCUGGCCUCGGACUUGCAGUCCAAACUGAGAGAGCAGAUGGAGUGGCAGCUCAGUCAGGACCGCGGGGAGGAGCAAGCAAGCCCACGCCUCCGAGCUGCCGGGGAGCAGUUCCGCAGGGCCGACGGGGACACCAGGAGCCGCAGCCCGGGGGACAGGAGCUGUUUGAACCUAGAGAUGGACGAGGAGCACCUUUACACCUUGAGGUGGCGAGAGCUGGAGGUGCACAGCCUGGCCCUGCAAAACAGCCUCCAGGAGCAGACCUGGAACGAUGAGAAGCACCUGAUGCAGCAGGAGCUGCGGUUCUUGAAGCAGAACAUCUUCCUCUUCUAUGUCAAGCUCAGGUGGCUGCUCAAGCACUGGCGCCAGGGGAAGCCAAUGGAGGAGGAGGGAGAGGAUCCGCCCGAGGGCCAGCACCCAGAGACGCUCCCCGAGCUUGGCGAGUUUGGCGGCCAGUGGAACCCAAAGGGGGGUGGACCCGAUGGAGACGCUGACGGCCCAGGCCUUGGCUUCAAGAUGGGGGGCUAUUCCCAGCACAGCCCAGCAGAGACGAUGGUUGACCGUGCACUGCGGCUCCAGAUGACAGACACCACACAGCACCCAAAGCAGGUGGUAGAGAACCAGCAGUUGUUCAGCGCCCUGAGGACCUUGCUGGAGGAUUUCCGCUCGGCGCUGUGGGAGGACGAGCAGGCCCGGCUGCGGCUGCAGCAGCAGUAUGCCAGCGACAAGGCGGCCUGGGACGUGGAGUGGGCCGGGCUCAGGUGCCGCCUGGAGCAGCUGGAGGAGAAGACCGAGAACCUGGGAGAAGCAGGCCUGUCCGCCGAUGGCAGGGGCACGUUCAGAGAGAGGGAGGUGCAUCAGAAGCUCCUGGCUGACAGCCACGGCCUGGUCCUGGAUCUGCGCCGGCAGAUGCAGCACAGUGAGCAGAUCUGGAACCAGGAGAAGGUGGAGCUGCUGGACCGACUGGACCGGGAUCGGCAGGAGUGGGACCAGCAGAGGAAGGAGCUGCUGUGGAAAAUAGAGCAGUUGCAGAAAGAAAACAGUCCCCGGAGAAGUGGCGGUUUCCUCUGUGACCACAAAGAAGGCCACCUCCACCCCUUCGCCCACCAGGGGGGUGUCUGCUCACCACGCCCCAUGGGUGUGUGGCCCUGCUCUGGUGCAGACCCCCUCCCAUUUGAAGACUGCCCGUUGCCCACACUCAAGGAGUCGGACAGGUGCACGGCCAGCGAGAACCUCUACUUGGAUGCCUUGGUCCUUGACGACGAGCCCGAGGAGCCUCCACCCCCCAGGCUGGACAGGGAUUUCCGGAACUGCCUCCCUGAGGAAGAAGAAAAUCACAAGGGAAAUCUUCAAAGGGCGGUGUCCGUGUCCUCAAUGUCCGAGUUCCAGCGCCUGAUGGACAUUUCUCCCUUCCUGCCCGAGAAGGGCCUGCCUUCUAGCAAGGAGGACGUCACCCCGCCGCUAUCCCCCGACGAUCUGAAGUACAUCGAGGAGUUCAGCGACGCGGGCUGGGACUACUCCCCGCGGCCCGCCGAGCUCUGGGCCGACCGGACGGCGGCGGCGGGGCGGGCGGGGGGCGACGCGGCCCCGGGGCCCUUCCCGGACUCGGCGUGGUACCUCACCACGAGCGUCACCCUGACCACGGACACCGUGGCCAGCCCGGAGCACGGCCGCCGGCAGCCGCCGCGAAGCCACGCGGUCGCCGAGCGGGCGCUGCGCGGGUUGCCCCCCAGCCCGCCCGCGCUGCGCAGGCUCGACGGGGCGCCCGGGGAACAGGGCCGGGGGCACCCCGACGGCCCGCGACCCCCCGGCAAGGCCCGGGCGGGCGUGGCGGAGACUAAAGGGGGCCUGGCGGAGCCCGCGCUUGGCAGGUGGCCGGGCGACCUCCCCAGACACCCCCGAGACCAUGCGGAGGGCGGACUGCGCCCCCUAGACGGCCCCGCGUCUGCCGCUCUGGGCUUCGCUUCCCCGCUGCACAGCCUGGAGAUGUCUAAGAACCUGAGCGACGACAUGAAGGAGGUGGCCUUCUCGGUGCGGGGGGCCGUCUGCGCGGAGCCCGCGGGGCCUCCGGUCAAGGACAGGGCCUGCCAGACCAACGGGUGCCGGACGACGGGGACACAGACCCCCCAAACCACCAGCGUGGGCCUGCAGACCGAAGCCCUGCGGGCCAGCGGCCUCACCAGCAGCCCCCACAAGUGUCUCACGCCAAAGGCGGGGGGCGGCACCACCCCGGUGUCCUCUCCUUCCCGCAGCCUGCGCAGCCGGCAGGUGGCUCCCGCCAUCGAGAAGGUGCAGGCCAAAUUCGAGCGCACGUGCUGCUCCCCCAAGUACGGUUCUCCCAAGCUGCAGAGGAAGCCCCUCCCCAAAGCUGACCCGCCAAAUAACAGGACCUCCUCCGGGGUGCCCCAGAAAGGGUACAGCGAGUCGGCCUGGGCGCGCUCCACCACCACCAGGGAGAGCCCCGUGCACGCGACCAUCACCGACGGCCUUUCCAGCCUGUUCAACAUCAUCGACCACAGCCCCGUGGUGCAGGACCCCUUCCAGAAGGGGGCGCGGGCCGGGAGCCGGUCUCGCUCGGUGGAAUCCCGAGCAGAGCUGGGCCCUGGCCAGGAAACGGGCACCAGUUCCCGGGGAAGGUCGCCCAGCCCGGUGGCGACGGGUUCGGAGACGUGCAGGGAGGAGGGGGCGGAGGGCACGCCCGUGCGGCAGGACUUGUCCGCUGCCCCAGGCCACACCUUCACAGAGAACACUGCCCGGAUCCUCAGCAAGAAGCUGUUGGAGCAUGCCUUAAAGGAGGAGAGGCGGCAGGCCCCCCACGGCCCCCCGAGUCUGAACAGUGACAGCUACAGGGGAGAACUGGUCAAAGCCGAGCCAGGGUCCAUGGAGGAACUUCCUUGUUCUGCACUAGCUCCGUCCCUAGAGCCUUGCUUCUCCAGGCCCGAGAGACCAGCCAACCGCCGCCCUCCGUCCCGCUGGGCUUCCCAUUCCCCCACUGCCUCACAGUCUCAGUCAACCGGAGACCUGAUCUCCUUGGAGGACCCCGGCGAUGAGGAGACCCCAGCAGAGAAGCUCAGCCAGGGAGCCAGCCUGCAUGAGUCAUCCCAGAAUAACUCACUGUCCUUCGCCUAACCAUGCCACCGCCAUGAACCAACCUCUGCCUGCAAGGAGAGAGAGCUCAUUUUUCCCAAGGUCAAAGAAUGUUUUCAAAAAAUACAUACAGCUGCUGAAUGUUCAACCUGUGAACUUGAGAUGUUUCUAGAAUGAAACAGUCAACGUGCCUGUAAUAACUUAAUUUUUUUCAUAGCUCAGAAAACUAUUUUUGUCUCCCAUCUUUUUUACACACAGUAUAUUAAACACAAAAGGCGACGACGAUAUAAAUUUAAGAAAUAAAAGUUUUAAACAAUGUACAUUUUAAGAGAUUCUGAGUGCCCUCACUCUCAAAACUGAUUGCCUUUAUGUUAAACUUGCACUGUUACAUCCUGGUUUGGGUUUAGUUUCAUGUUGAAUUAGAGUAUCUUAAGUUAAUUUUAUUUUGUCAGUGUUGUUAUUUUUUUCAGAAUUUUUGAAAUGCUUCAGACUGUCUGAUUUAGUGAACUUUUUGUAGUGAAAAAGCCAUUAAGCCAGUAGACAAGAUAGAUGUUCUCUAGACUGGCAGGGAUAUAUGCCAACAUUUUUGAAAAGGUACAGUCUUCAGAUGGGCUGACAUGUUUCGCUGUGUAACCCACAUAUUCUCCUUGACUUGCAUGUCUUCGGGUCCCAAGCACCUGGGUGCGUGUACAUAUGCUCCUGGAUUCUUAAACCACCACCUAAAUGACCUAAAUGUGCAUCCAUGUGUCCCACUGUAAUAUGUUGUGAAUUUCCUUGUACUGUACUUUGAUUGUCAGUCCUCUUGCAUUGAUGAUACAACAGCAACAAAAUUUUUAAAUUAUUGUUAAAAGAUUAACUGACCAUGUACAGUGUUUACUCAAUUUUUUUUUUUGUUUAAGGAAACACUACAAAAAAGUCAGGAGGACACAAAAUUGAAACAAAUGGUGAUGUCUCUGAGUCUGUAUGAGACAAUGACAAAGCAGAAAUAAAGCCUUUACAAGAUGGCGGCGUGUCCCCUGAUCUCCUGUUUCACAUGCCCUCUGUCUGUUCCUAAAGUCUCCAGCUGAAAGCUUUCCAUAGCUGGGGAAGCAAGGGAAAGAGGAGAGCAUGGAAAAAGGCAACAGCUGCUAAAAUGUCCCACAGGGAAUGGACGCUAAGUACCUGAUCAUGUUGCAGUUUUACUGGACUGUGUAAGAGGGUCCUGGGACAAAAAGAUGACUUCAUUCAGAUGGAAAAAAGCUGACACUGAGGAAACUGGUUGCCGACAAGUCAACAUAUGCUAGGAAAGAAGGAGUGGCUGAUAACACCAGAACAGGUGUUUCCAUCUCUGAUAUGAGAUGAUAGCACAACCUGUUAGUAUGGGAUAGAGUCAGCAUUCAUAAGGAAAUGGUGCUCCCAAAGAGCACAAGAAGGAUUUCAGGCAAAAGCUUGCAACUUUAAUGUUUCAUUAAACCAACCGUUUUCUCAUCUAGAUGGGCUAAUGGAAGGAGUUGUACUUCCAGCAUUGCCACAGUUCUGUCUAGAAAG